CUUUUCGUGAUACAAAGCCAGCUCUCUUUCUCUCUCAUCGUACAAAACCACCCUCUCUCUCUCUCAUUGGUUUUUUUUUUCAGAAAAGCUUCAAUUUCGACCACCCUUCAUUGGAUCUUCCAAUAUAUAAUUUAAAACGACAUAAAUCCGAAAAGAAAAAAAUAUACACACAAACCAGCGGCCUUCCCCCGGCUCUCUCUCCUUGCAGGGUUUGGGCGAUGCACCCUCCAUUAACCUAAUUUGCUCAUGUUUCUCAUCAAAACCAGAGUUUCCUGUGAUUUGAGCUCACCCACGAGUAUACGGAGAUAUAGCAGGGCCUCCUAGGGCUUUUUAUAUGCGGAGAUAUAGCAGGGGCUUCCUAGGGGUUUUUUCUCUGAGAUAUAGGUUUUUGACAUAUUUCUGGAUUCGAUUGUAAAGUUUUUGCAUUAUUCAGAUCCAAAGCUACCAGAUCACAGGAAAUUCCAGCAAAGCAUUCCUUUUUCCUCUGAUUUUUGGAGGUUGAGUUACGCAAGUCAAGAUGUUUUGGCGUAUGGCAGGGCUUUCCACUGCUUCUCCUGUGGAGUCCAUUCUGGACAAGGAGAACUUUACAUUGGAAGAGCUUCUAGAUGAGGACGAAAUAAUUCAAGAAUGCAAGGCCAUCAAUAGCCGUCUUAUAAAUUUUCUACGAGAAAGGACGCAAGUGGAACAAUUGAUCCGUUACAUUGUUGAAGAGCCUCCAGAAGAUGCUGAAAAGAGGCGUAUUUUUAAAUUUCCAUUUAUAUCUUGUGAAGUAUUUACUUGUGAAGUUGAUGUCAUACUCAAGACCUUAGUAGAGGAUGAGGAGUUGAUGAAUUUGCUCUUCUCAUUCCUUGAACCAAAUCGAUCACAUAGCACCUUAUUGGCUGGGUAUUAUAGCAAGGUUGUAAUAUGCUUGAUGGCACGAAAAACAGUUCUUCUUAUGAAUUAUGUUCAUGCUCAUCAAGAAAUUUUACACAAACUGGUCGAUUUGAUUGGAAUCACAUCCAUUAUGGAGGUUUUGAUUCGUCUAGUUGGUGCUGAUGAUCACAUUUAUUCAGAUUUUGGGGAUGCGAUCCAGUGGGUAGCUGAUACUGAUGUGCUUGAGAAGAUAGUUGAUAAGUUUAGCUCUUCUAACUCCCCUGAAGUACAUUCAAACGCAGCUGAAAUACUUUCUGCAAUUAGUCGUUGUGCUCCUUCAGCAUUGGCUACCAAAAUCACUAGCCCAAGCUUUGUGGGAAGAUUAUUUAAUCAUGCAUUGGAAGAUUCCAGGCCAAAAUCUGUUUUAGUUCAUUCUUUAUCUGUCUGCAUCUCCCUGUUAGACCCUAAGCGUACCACCUCAGUUCUUUCUGGUCACUUGCACCGGGGCCAACAGAUCUAUGAAUCCUCCUCAUUAGCUGCUAAUCCUGAGACAGUUGAUGGUAUGCUGCAGAGGCUAGGUGAUUUGCUUCAGCUUCUGGAUGUUUCUUCUGAUGAAGUUGUUUUACCUACUACAUUUGGAAAGCUACAACCUCCCCUUGGGAAGCAUCGUUUGAAGAUUGUAGAGUUUACCGCAGUUUUGUUGAUGACUGGUAGUGAAGCCUCUGAAAAGGAAAUGGUUAAUCUUGGAGCUAUUCAGCGGGUUCUCAAUUUGUUCUUCGAGUAUCCGUAUAAUAAUUUUUUGCAUCACCAUGUGGAGAGCAUUAUUGUGUCAUGUUUGGAGAGCAAGAGGGGUACAGUUAUUGAACAUCUUCUCAAAGAUUGUGAUCUUGUUGCGAAAAUUCUCAAUGCAGAGAAGCAUUGCACAUUGUCCACUGACUCAGAAAAGCCAACCAUGCCUGGUGAUGGGAAAUCACCACCUCGGAUAGGAAACAUAGGACAUAUUACACGCCUGGCUAACAAGCUUGUUCAAUUGGGGAAUAACAACAGUCAAGUUCAUGCAUAUCUUCAGGAAAACAAUGAUUGGCUUGAUUGGCAAUCUAAUGUUCUCCUCAGACGAAAUACUGUGGAGAAUGUGUAUCAAUGGGCAUGUGGUCGACCAACUGCAUUGCAAGAUAGAACCAGGGAUAGUGAUGACGACGAUUUCCGAGACCGAGAUUAUGAUGUAGCUGCACUAGCGAGUAACUUAAGUCAGGCAUUUCGAUAUGGCAUCUACAGUAGUGACGACAUUGAAGAGGCUCAUGGUUCUCUUGAUCGAGAUGAUGAGGAUGUCUACUUUGACGAUGAAUCUGCAGAAGUUGUCAUAUCUUCUUUGAGGCUUGGGGAUGACAGGGACAGCACCUCUCUCUUCACAAACUCAAACUGGUUUGCUUUCGGGGACGACAGAAUUGUAACCGAACCGACACCCACCUCCCAUACUCCUGAUGACUUUGGGCUCUUGAGCACAGGGCCAGCUGCUGUCAGCGGUGGCAGCAGUAGCAGCUAUGACGAAGUCAUUGUAGGCGAAGAUGAAGACUUAAUCGACACCGCCUCCUCUUCUCAUAUACCGAAGUCCACCUCCAAGCCAACAUCCAAACUUACUUCCAAACUGAAAGAGCCCAUACUUGAAUCUACAUCUGAACCCAUAUCGGUGCCUACACCAGAACCCAUGUCUAAUCCCAUUGACGGGUCCACUCCUGAACCCAUGGCUGAGCCCACUCUCAAGACUAUUUCUGAGUGCACAGAUGGUUUGGGGCCUGAAAUCAGCCCUACCGAGAAUGGCUUACUCACUGACCCCAUGGAUGAGCCCACUGUGGCCACCAUGGACUCUGACGAGCCCCUGGAAUCCAAAGGAUGUAGGGAGAUGUCGGAAUCUAAUGAAAAUGUGGGUUCUACAAGUUCAGACCCACCCAAAGAAAAUGGGGAGCCAAGUGAGCUCAAAACCAAUGAUCAUACUUCUGACCCCAGUGAUGCUGAGAUUAACGUGGACUCUGAUGCCCCUGGACCUUCGAAAUCUGAGGGUGUGAAAAUAGGAAGUGGAUCAACAAUUGAGGCCAUGGAGCAUGAUUUGGAGGAGGGCAAAAAAGAGCAAGGAAAUUGAAGCCUGAGAGUUGCCGGAUUACCGAGACAUUCAUCUCUGUGGUCUGGGGUGUUGUAACUGUAAGAGAGAGAGAGAGAGAAACUUGUACAUUUUGGAGAUAAGGGGCUGGUGUUUAUUCUUUUCAUCCCAUCCAUCCAUGGCUGGACUGUACAGUGGCUGCCCUCCCUUGUGUGCAUGGGGAGAGCAUCCAUCUUCUCAUUCUUAUCGCGUUUUCCUGAUUGUUCCCAGACCAGCAGUGCUUGGUCCUCGAGACGAUUAAUUAUACUCUCUCUCGCUCUCUC